AUGGCUUCAAAUGGCUGGAAGAAGAUUGAGAACGAAGCUGGUUACCCUUGUUAUAUCGACGAAACAAAUGGUAAACAAGAUUAUGAUCAUCCUCAUUUUCGGGCUAUUACAAAAACAUUAGAUGAAUAUAAUGAUAUUAAAUACAGUGUAUAUCGUAUUGCAUUCAAAGUUUUCGGUUUACAAACGCAGCUAAAAGUGCCUCCUCUACGUAUUUGUUCAGGAGUAUUUGCUAGACAUCAAUUGAGCUUAUCAGAAAGCAGUCUCUCCUUAGAUACCGGCGAACUGGAAGGAGUACUUGCAGAUAUUUAUUUUGCUUCAGAAAAGGAGGGUUUAUUCUCAGGCGAUGUAGACUUGGCAGUUGACUUAUUGAUCAACUUAUUGCUCAAUGUGUAUGACAAGGAAAGAAAGUCACCAAUUCGGGUGCUUGCUGUGAAGACAUUGCUAAUUCUGCUCAGUGAAGAGCCUGUGUCAGAAAAAUGGAUAGCUCUAGCAAAUUGCUGUGCCGACCACAAUGGCUGCGUGUCACCUCGACGGCUAGCCGCUCUCCUUUCACAUGUCACAGCGUUGCCCAAUUAUUUGGGUGUUAAUUGUGAUCAAAUACAAUCUGAUGUUGAUGCAUGUUUUGAUAAGAGUGCUGGCAUGUUAGGCGUAAGUUCGCGAGCUGUGGCGGAAUGGGGUGUACAGAACUGUACCAGAGUCAGGUGGCUUCCAGUUUUGCAAAGAAUAUCAGCCAGCAGGACUUGCUCCAAUACAUCAACUACAUGUGCCGCAUGCACGCAACCAUUAAUACAGGUCUUACAGUUCAAGUGCUCAAAAUGUAGUAAUAUCUUUUUCUGUGAGAAGUGUUAUUUAUAUGGUAAAGAUGUUACUGUUGUGACUGGACAUAAGAAAACGCAUCUUGUGUAUGAAAUAAUUGAUGGCGAGGUUAAGCCACCCGAAUGCUUAGGAUUCAUAAAAGGAAUGCGACGGUUCUUCUUCUGCACAAAAACAAGAAAGAGAAAGACAAGCAAGAAGGACUCAAACAAAUGUUUGGACAAAUUUGACCACCCUGCAUCGGUUCGUAGGAGGAAGGAACAGCGACCCACUAUAUUUACGUCAACAGUUGGCAAAGCAUCUGGAAACAAUGCACAAAACCCAGCGACUACCCUGCAAGACAUUAUCAUGCAAUUGGAGACACAAAACAAAGCUCUGAAAGAGCUGUCCAUACAAUUGCAAAAUGCGGUAAAGGAUUCGGAGAAUGAGUUAAAAGUCAAAGUAGAUCUGCACUCUUGUUUAAUAUCAACUCAGAUUGAAAGGCUGAAAGCAUUAAAGGAUAACUUGGCACCGACCGACGCACAAACAGAAACUGCAAUGACUGAGAAAAUUGAGCGACCGCAAGCCUUCGACCUGUUCAGUCCAAUACCAGUUGUGGAUGAGAAACAUUCGAAGGUGCCGGAGAAUCCGAAGAACCAGCCACGAGUCUUGAGUAUGGAUUCUGGAAACUUCUCAGUGGUGUCCAAGCAGACGGACAGCCAGAACCUGCUGACCAUGUCAGGGGAUGCGCUGAAACCAGUCGUUGUUCACGCGACUUCCGACAGCAUAUCCACCGUUUCCAUGAACGACAUGAGUAAUUGGUAUAAUGAAACUGCGUCGGCGGCGGCUCCUAAACACUCACGCAAUUCUAUCCAUGGCAAGCAAAAACCUAUGGAGUGCCACAGUCUCUCCGUGACAGAGAAACGUUAUGCCGAUGACAUUCGCUCCGUUGAGAGCAGCAACGAUAAGAUGAAGGAACUCAACGCCGAUCUGGACACAGUACUAGACCGUCUCCAACAGAUAUUGACAAACAACUUUGCUACUGAUGAUUCAUGCUUUGACAAUACCCAAUUGCGGGAGACUGCUAAUGAGAUGGAAGGACUGCUGGGCACCUUAAUUCGUGGCGUGGAACAGCGGGCCACUCUCAAUGCUGCUAAGGGACUUGUG